AUGACUGGCAAAGAGGGCCACUCCGAGGAAACCCCGCUUCUGCGAGAAAAUCCUAGCUACCAAACCAGCACACAAUACCACAGUGUUGUGCAGCAUGAGCAUUAUGGUACUGAAAGCAGCUCUUCCACCACAGAGGUCGAAGGGGACGUUGACUUCCCCACCUUCAGUACUCUCCAGUCAACAUCUCAAGUUUUGGACAUUGAGCCAACACUAGAAAGAAUCCCUUCAACUAGCUCGGUAAAGAGAAGCAAUGCAUCUAUUGCCGGCACUGGCAGCAUACACGAUGAAGAUAACUCUUAUGAGUCAAGAUUCAUCGGCGUCUCACCCACUCGAUUCUGGCUGAUCUUUUCUGGUACUAUGCUGGGGUACGUAAUUGGUUAUUUUGACUCGACCCUGAUGGCUUCGAGUCACCCGGUUAUCACAUCUUAUUUCCAUGCUGCCAACAGCGCAUCAUGGUUAUCGACUGCCUUUUUACUCACCUCUACGGCAUUUAUGCCUCUCUUCGGACGCGUUUCAGAUGCACUCGGUCGCAAGCCUGUGUAUCUUUUCUCCAUUGCCAUAUUCUUUUUCACCACUGCCUGGUGCGGUUUAGCACAGAGCAUUGGUAGUUUUAUCGCAGCUCGUGCGCUCUGCGGCCUAGGUGCUGGAGGUGUAUUUUCCAUGGGCCAAAUUCUCUCGAGUGAUCUUGUGCAUAUCGAGUAUCGUGGUGUCUACCAGUCAUAUAUCAACUUAUGUUUAGGUAUUGGUAGUUGUCUCGGACUCGCAUUUGGUGGACUUCUGUGCGACACCGUCGGGUGGAGAAAUGCUUUCUUGAUCCAACUACCUUUUAUAUUCAUCUACUUCAUCACAGCUGCUUGUACCGUCCCAGCCGAUCUUGGAAUCAAGCAUGUAGGACCAGAACGGAAAUCUCUCAUACAGGCUAUUCGCAGUGUUGACCUGAUCGGCUCCUUCUUCCUUGUUCUUGCAGUCACUGCUUUGAUCAUGGGGCUGAAUCUGGGAGGAAAUGUCUUUCCAUGGACGCACCCGCUAGUCAUUGGUUCACUAGUAGCAUCGGUCAUCUUGUCUAUUAUCUUAAUACGCUAUGAACGAACUGUGCCUCGCCCCGUUCUACCGAUAGAGCUUCUGUCAAAAAAUCCUCGUGCAAAUAUUAUUUUCGGCAACUUUUUCGGAGGAAUGUCUGUGAACACUAUGAUGUUCAAUGCGCCACUUUAUUUCCAGGCCGUCAAGCUGGCGAGUCCCACUGAUUCUGGACUACGUCUCGUCGCUGCUUCCAUCGCUGUGACUGCCUCAAGUGUCGGCACGGGAUUUCUAAUCACCUGGUCGCGGCGUAUGAAGCCAACUGUUCUCAUUGGCGGUUUCUGUAUGCUAUUGGGUGGCUGCUUAGCUACCUCCAUGAACACCAAUACUCCGCCUGCGCUUGCUAUGGUCUGUGUUUCUUUUAACAGCCUCGGUCAAGGAUUCGCAUUUCCUAGUCUGAUGGUCUCUAUUUUGGCCACCAGUGAACAAGACGACCAGGCAGUGGCUACUACGACACUCGGGUUGGCGCGUAAUUUGGGUGCUGUCAUGGGAGUUGCUAUUAGUAGUUGGAUUUUCCAGAAUUCUCUGCUAUAUGAACUUGGGCGGAAGGUGACCGGGGAUAAUAAGGAGUAUAUUAUCGGUCUUGUUCGCAAGUCGAUCCGCUCGAUCGGUGAUUUAGAUCCGGUACAUCGGCAGCAAGGUUAG